AUGGCGGCGGCGCUGUUCGAAAGCGCAGACUCGACAACGGCGAUGGCGGCCAUUGGCAUCAUGAACGCUAGCAAGGCGCUGCCCUUCGCGGCCGUGGCUCCCGCGUUGCUGUUGAUGUACUUUGAUAGUCGCUGCGGGAGCACCAUCGUGCGGCUGCAGAGCUUGGCGCGCGACGCCACGACCGCGACGCUCAUUCUUGAAGUCAAGGAGAGCGAUUUCGCGCUGGGCAAGCCACGCCACGGCCCCUCUGUGCCAGGAAGUCGGACCACUGGCCCCGAAGCUCCAAGUCACGACAACACCAACGUCAACGAGGGCCGUGCGCCAUCCGCCAGCGGCUGGGGCGUUGUCUGCUGUGGCCAAGAACCUUCGCCGGCCCAGGCGGCGACCGUCGCGCCGGCCGCUCUCACUCUUCUUUUUGCGCCGCCGCUCGCGCGACAGACCCCGAGCAAUCGACGCUCGGAUCAGCCCCCACCGCCCACCGCCGAUCCCAAAGCGCGUUCUUUCAUUUCCAAGCCGCCGUCGGCCGCUCUCACUGCCCCUCGACAAUCGCCUGCAUUCGAUUUCGAAGCAAAGCGAAUCUCUCGUGCCUCCGCUCCACAUCCCGAGGAGCGCUCGUCCCAUCCGAGCGCGCGUUCUCUUGGUUCUGGGCCACGAGACCCCCUUCAAGCCGUGCAGCAGCAGGUCCGCGCCGUUAGCAACGAGUGA